CUCACUCUUCUAUCCCCAAACCUCCCACUUCAACACCAUGUCUACCCCACCAGGAGCUCCUUCACCGCCACCGCCACCCGAGGAUCCUCGCUCCAAAAUCUCACCCUUCGUUCUAAAACUGCGGAACGCUCCUCCUAACUAUUUCUAUCAGGCAGCACAACCAUCUCCAAUAGUCGACCUAUCUGCCAAACCCACAGGCCCCUACUUCUUCUACGGCACACUAACCGAUCCAUGCAUGGUUUCAGAGAUCCUCAACCUGGGCAAAGAGCCCGAGCUCCGACCCGCAUUUAUUCAAGGUUACGAAAGUAAGAUGUGGGGCCAAUACCCGGCCUUAGUGGACACCUUUAGUGAUACCGUUGUUGAGGGUGCCGUAUACUAUGUCCAAAGUGCGGAGGAUGGAGGAAGGCUUGCUGCGUAUGAAACCAAUAACUACCGCACAGAGUCCUGUGUGAUCAGAUACACGGACGGCAAGGAACCGGCAGAAGAGCUUGGGUAUGUGUUUAAAUUUGUGGGAAAUCCGAAUGACUUGCAUGAUGGGAGAUUUGAGUUGAGGGCUUGGUUGAAGCUGAUGGGGAGGGAGGCAGCGGUGGAGAAGUUGGAUGCUAAGAUUUCUUCUGCAUGAUUCGUGUUCAUAAUCUAUCUAGACGGCCACUAUUGAACGUUCAAACUGCA